CGCCGUUCUUCUUCUCUGGUUUCAGAUCACUAGCUCCGAGAGACUCCACCGGAAUUUCUCAUCAAAAUCCAGAGAAAUUUCGAGUCUUUCGAAAAUGUCGGAGAACGAAAUUGUCCCGGACGAGUUUCGUUGUAACCGCUCCGAUGGUAAGCAAUGGCGGUGCAAGAGACGAGCUUUAGAGGGUAAAAAGAUGUGCGAAGCUCAUCACUCGCAGCAAUCCCUCAAGCGAAGUAAGCAGAAAGUUUCAGAGUCUUCGAAACUAGUCAGAUCAAGAAGAGGAGGAGAUGAAGCGGCGUCUUCAGAGAUCGAGCCAAACGAAAGCAGAAAUAGGGCUAAAAGAUUGGGGAAAUCGAAGAGGAAGCGAGUGAUGGGUGAAGCAGAGGCUAUGGAUGAAGCAGUGAAGAAGAUGAAGUUGAAGAGAGGAGAUUUGCAGUUGGAUUUGAUAAGGAUGGUGUUGAAGAGAGAAGUUGAGAAGAGGAAGAGAUUACCAGAUACGAAGAAGAAGAAGAAGAAGGAGAAUAAUAAUGGAGGGUUUGGUGAAUUUGUUGGAGAAGAGUUAACAAGGGUUCUUCCUAAUGGUAUUAUGGCAAUUUCACCACCUUCUCCGACUACAAGUAAUGUGUCUUCUCCUUGUGAUGUUAAAGUUGGGGAAGAGCCAAUUUCGAUGACUAAAAGAAGAUUUAGGUCUAAGAACAUUGAACCUUUGCCUGUUGGGAAAAUGCAGGUGGUUCCUUUCAAGGGGAAUUUGGUUAAUGGAAGGAAAGAGAAGAGGAAGAGGUGUCAUUGGUGUGGAACCAGAGGAUUUGGGGAUUUGAUUAGUUGUUUGAGUUGUGAAAGAGAGUUCUUUUGCAUAGAUUGUAUCGAGAAAAGGAACAAGGGAUCGAAAGAAGAAGUUGAGAAAAAAUGUCCUGUAUGCCGUGGAUCAUGUAGGUGCAAAGUUUGCUCAGUCACUAAUUCUGGAGUCACUGAAUGUAAGUAUUCUCAGAGUGUCAGGAGUGAUAUUGACAGGGUCUUGCAUCUACAUUAUGCGGUGUGCAUGCUACUUCCAGUACUAAAAGAAAUCAAUGCAGACCACAAAGUGGAGGUGGAAAUUGACGCAGAAAAGAAAGAGGGAAAUCCAGCUGAACCUCAAAUCCGAAGCUCUGAAUUAACUUCUGAUGAUCGACAGCUCUGCAAUGGUCGUGGCUCUGCCAAUUUGCAAAGAAGGUGCACACGCAGUUCCUCUGUUCUCAGGCUAAGUUCUGACCAAGAUCAGAGUCAAGAGAGCUUAUCUAGAAAGGUUGGAUCGGUUAAAUGCUCGAAUGGUUUAAAAUCUCUAACAGUGUGUAAGCAGAAAGAAGUCAAAGGGUGCAGCAAUAACCUUUCUUUGAGUCUAUUCCCUCUGGAGUUGACAAGCAAGUUAGAGAUCAGUGCAGAGGAAGUAGUCAGUUGCUAUGAGUUGCCUGAAAUCUUAGAUAAAUUUUCGGGAUGUCCGUUUUGUAUUGGAAUUGAAACGCAAUCUAGUAGUAGCGACAGCCAUUUGAAAGAAGCAUCCAAGAGAAGAGAAGACGGAACUGGUAACUUUUUAUACUACCCCACAGUGAUGGAUUUUCAUCAAAACAAUCUCGAACACUUUCAGACACACUGGAGUAAAGGCCAUCCUGUAAUAGUUCGUAGUGUGUUAAAGAGAGGUUCAAGCCUGAAUUGGGAUCCAGUAGCCAUGUUCUGUUGCUAUCUUAUGAACAGAAACAGCAAAACCGGUAAUAGUACUGAUUGUAUGGAUUGGUUUGAGGUAGAAAUUGGUGUAAAGCAAUUUUUUUUGGGGUCUUUGAGAGGAAAGGCUGAGACUAACACUUGUGAAGAAAGGCUGAAGCUGGAGGGAUGGCUUUCAUCUUCCUUGUUUAAAGAACAGUUCCCAAAUCAUUAUGCUGAAAUACUGAAUAUUUUACCAAUUUCCCAUUACAUGGAUCCAAAGCGCGGUCUACUAAAUAUUGCAGCCAGCCUACCUGACACUGUACAAACACCCGAUUUUGGUCCAUGCCUCAAUAUUUCAUACAGGAGUGGUGAGGAAUUUGCACACCCUGAUUCUGUGAAGAAGUUAGGUUUCGAAACUUGUGACAUAGUUGAUAUCUUGUUAUAUGUCACAGAAACACCUGUAUCCACAAAACAGAUUUGUAGGAUAAGAAAGCUGAUGAAAAAUAUCGGAAGAGUAAGACCUAAAAACCCAGAAAAGGGGAGGGAGAGCAGAUUUGAUAAGGGAAAGAAACGAGAUAGGUCUGAAGCAUAUGCUCAGAGAGAUAGGUUGGAUGACUAUCCCAGUUCUGAUUCAGAAUCGUCACAACACUGUUUAGGCGCUAGAUGCAGAGGCAGUGAGUUUGAGGGAGAGGAAAGAGAAAGUUGCAACGACUCUUGUGAAGAAGAAAGCCUAAGCAAUUCUUAUGGUGCCCAGUGGGAUGUAUUCCAGAAACAAGAUGUUUAUAAACUUCUUGAGUAUAUUAAGAACCACUCUCUUGAGCUAGAACCCAUGGAUUCCAGUAAAAAAGAACAGGUGAGUCAUCCAUUACUUGAGCAGAGUUACUAUCUUGACGAGUAUCACAAAGCAAGGCUUAAGGAAGAAUUUGACGUUGAACCAUGGAGUUUUGAUCAAUGUAUUGGGGAAGCAGUCAUCGUCCCUGCUGGAUGUCCAUACCAAAAUAGAAAGAAUAAGUCUUGUGUAAAUGCUGUUCUGAAGUUUCUGUCACCUGAGCACGUUUCCGAAUCUAUUAAACGAGUGGAAGAGCUCAAUCAACUUCCUCAGCGCGUCAAAACGAAAGCAAAUAAGAUUGAGGUGAAGAAAAUGGCGAUUCAUAAAAUCAGCGAAGCUGUAAAGGAAAUCCGGGAGCUCACAUCUUCGGAUUCAACUGGUGCAUCGAGAUUAUAUAACUAGAGCUAGAGGUACCAAUCUUGAUUCUUGACCAUUGGUAAUUACCCUAUUCUUCUGGGAAAGAUUCAGCUGUUGAGUUACAGUUUCAAGGAGUAGUAGAAUGUAAAAAUAUAUAGAAAUAAAGAAACAAGAGCAAA